CUUCGGAAAAACAAAAACACACACACCGGAGCCAGAAAUGACACACCGCCCAGCUGCGGACUGCCUUAACAGGCUCAUAUGAUACUUCUCGAGCAAUGCAUAGGUUUAUUAUUAUUAUUUUAGUUUUAGUUUUAUUUUCAUGAUAAGCAUACAGUAGACCGUUUUGGGCCGUUUUGUUGUUAGUUAGCUGGCUAAUUGGCUAGCAUCCAUUGAUGUGUUGAGGCUGUCAGAUCUGGCCCAGCUUACUGAUACCAAGGCUGCUAUCCGCGGCUUUUGUACUUCGGCGUGUUUUCAUUCGGCAAAGAACACUAAGAAGCUGGAGCAAAAUACGAAGAAUGGGUGCAUUCUUAGACAAGCCAAAGAUGGAGAAGCACAAUGCUCAUGGGGAGGGGAAUGGCCUGCACUUUGGACUCGGCAGCAUGCAGGGAUGGCGUGUGGAGAUGGAGGACGCACACACCGCUGUAAUAGGCCUGCCUCACGGCCUCAGCCUUUGGUCCUUUUUUGCCGUCUACGAUGGGCAUGCAGGCUCGCAGGUUGCUAGAUAUUGUUGUGAGCAUCUGCUGGAACACAUCACCAGCAACCCGGACUUCAGGGGAGGCUGCACGGCAGUCGCAGGUGCAGAUUUGGGAGAUUCUGAGCCCUCUGUGGAGAAUGUGAAAUGUGGAAUCCGCACAGGCUUUCUGCAGAUCGACGAGCACAUGCGGGCCAUGUCGGAACGCAAGCACGGGGCUGACCGCAGCGGAUCCACUGCGGUGGGUGUCAUGAUCUCCCCUCAUCAUUUCUAUUUCAUCAACUGUGGUGACUCCAGGGCCUUGCUGAGCCGCAAGGGACGUGUUCACUUUUUCACCCAGGACCACAAACCCAGUAACCCUCUGGAAAAGGAGCGGAUCCAGAAUGCAGGUGGUUCGGUUAUGAUCCAGCGGGUCAACGGCUCUCUUGCUGUCUCCCGUGCUCUAGGUGACUUCGACUAUAAGUGUGUGCAUGGGAAAGGUCCCACUGAGCAGCUAGUGUCCCCAGAACCAGAAGUGUAUGAGAUUGAACGCUCAGAGGCUGAUGAUGAAUUUGUGGUGCUGGCCUGCGAUGGCAUAUGGGACGUCAUGGCAAAUGAAGAACUUUGUGAUUUUGUGCGUGCACGUUUGGAGGUGACAGAUGACCUAGAGCGAGUAUGUAAUGAGAUCGUCGACACUUGUUUGUAUAAGGGUAGUCGUGACAACAUGAGUGUGGUGCUGGUGUGUUUUCCUGGUGCCCCGAAAAUCAACCCAGAAGCAGUGAAGAGAGAGGAGGAGCUAGAUAAGUACCUGCAGAACAGAGAAGGUGGAUUGUGUAAAAAGGCGAAUAAAUAAAAGUCCAAAUAAAAGAGGGAGAUAGAGAAGGUCCAAACUGACAAGCAACAGAGGACACUAUAUUUAUUUGAAUUAUUUAUUGUCUUAAUAGUAUUUUACCUCUUGAAUGAAACUGUCAAUGCAUUCCAUUUUAUUUAGCCAAAUAAGCACUACUAAUGCAAGAAAAAGCUUGUAUUCCUUUUUGCUUGUAUUUAUUGUUAUUUGUGAGUUAUCUAGUCCAUGUGAACUGAAAGUUAUGUGAGUUAAAGUUUCAUGAUGGCUUGGGUUCAUCUACACAAAGUACAUAUUUCUACACAUGUUAAAUGUUUUUCACUGUUCUAUCAGAGUGGAUUGGUCUAAGGUUGAUAAUGUGUAAUGGUUACAAUCUAUGAUUGGUCCUUUCUUAUCCCAGCAGACUGUAUCUGUUCAAUUUUACCUCUCAGAAGGUUACUGUUUUAUAAAGCUCGUUUUGAAAGAUUUUUCAAAUACUAUUUCAUAGAAAAGUAUUUCAAUAUUAAAGGGUGAGCACCUAGUAUUUUCUUUCUUUAGUUUUUAUUUUUGUACAUUAGCACCCGGGUAUUAGCAAUGUAGACAAACUGUGAUCUUGUCAUUCUGGGCUGUCAAAGAUUAUUCAAAUAAAAUUAUUUACGGAAA